CACUCACACUUUUUUUCUUUUUUCUUUUUUUUUUUAAAAAUCACACUCUCUCCUUCUCUCUCUUCUGUUAUUUAUACUCGCUAGUCCAACUCUUUCCCCUUAACCUCCAUAGCCUCUCUGCCAUGGAAGCUGAACCCAAAUCCGUUCUCUUCUCCUUCUUCUUCCUCAUUUCCCUCUGUGCAGGUCUCCGUUACCAGACUCUGAGUCCAGGGACUCUCCCCAUCCCAUCCAAGCUCAACCCCGAUGUCUCAUGGACCGAAUCCGAGACCGUAACCCUACCUGAUUCUGCCCAAGCGGAGACCCAAACCCAAUCCACCCUCGCCCUCUCCCUCCGCCUCGAGCACAUUGAUGCCUUGGCCUCCGACCUCACCGCCGAGUCCCUCUUCAAGCUCAGACUCGACCGCGAUGCUAUCCGGGUCGGAUCCCUCCUCGCUAAGGCCGCCGGCGUCCCCUUCAAACAAACCCCCGGCGAACACUUCAGUAGCUCCAUCAUCUCCGGCCUCGCGCAAGGCAGCGGCGAGUACUUCACUCGCUUGGGCAUCGGAACUCCUCCGACGUUCGAGUACCUGGUUCUCGAUACCGGAUCCGACAUUAAUUGGAUCCAGUGUAAACCCUGCGCCAGAUGUUACAAUCAGACGGAUCGGCUCUUCGAUCCGGCUAAGUCUCAUACCUACGCCGCAGUCCCUUGUAGGUCAGCACAAUGUCAAAAGCUGGACAGCUCCGGAUGUGAUCGGCAGAAGCAAAGGUGCCUCUAUCAGGUGUCCUACGGCGACGGGUCGUUCACCGUCGGCGUGCUCUCCACUGAAACGCUGACGUUCCGGCGGACGAAGAUUGCGAAUGUGAUGAUUGGGUGCGGCCACGACAACGAGGGAUUGUUCGUCGGCGCCGCUGGAUUGUUGGGGCUCGGCCAGGGGAAACUUUCUUUCCCGGCCCAAGCUGGCGCCCAGUUCAAGCAAAAGUUCUCGUACUGCUUGGUGGACCGUUCGGCGUCUUCGAAGCCGUCUUCGCUGUUAUUUGGCGAAUCGGCGGUGUCGCACAGGGCCCGCUAUACUCCUCUAGCCCCAAACAAAAAGCUCGACACCUUCUACUACGUCAACCUCCUCGGAAUCAGCGUAGGCGGGUCUCCAGUCCGGGCAAUUACUCCGUCGCUGUUCAAGCUCGACCAGAUUGGAAACGGAGGAGUCAUAAUCGACUCGGGGACCUCGGUGACCCGACUCACCAUGCCGGCUUACACCGCCCUGCGCGACGAAUUCAAGAAAAAAACGAAGAAUCUGAAACUGACAGACGGAUUCUCUCUGUUCGAUACGUGCUACGACCUGAGGGGGAAGGCGGAGGUAAAGGUGCCGACGGUGGUAUUGCAUUUCGAGAACAAGGUGGACAUGUCGCUGCCGGCGACGAAUUACCUGAUUCCGGUGGACAACGAGGGGACUUUCUGCUUCGCCUUCGCCGGAACGGCGAGCGGGUUGUCGAUAAUUGGGAAUAUACAGCAGCAGGGAUUCCGGGUCAUGUUCGAUUUGGCGAAAUCCAUGGUCGGGUUUUAUUCGGGCGGGUGCACAUGACUUGCGCGUGCUCCGUGUCAAGGGGUGAGGAACAUGGAACAAGGAAGGCACUCUUUCUCUCUCGCUUGCCGUCCUUGAAAAAAAAAAAAAAGAAGAAGAAUUUGUGUUUUGUUUUUUGGGGGGUAAAAAUGUUGAACUCCCAUCCGAGAAAAUAGAGAAGGAAAAAGGAAAAGUAGAGAAGGAAAAACUCGGAUUGUGCAAUGUUGUGUUGUUUGUUGUAAGCUUGUAUUAAAUUAAGAAAGGGGGUUAAGGGUAAUGAGUGUGAUCAAUAUGGAAAAUUGAAGGCAGACGCGCAUUCCCAGUAAAUAAUAGUGAUUUGUAUGGAAAA